UGCAGUGGUCAUCAUCCGUCCCUCUAAGCAAAGAAACAAGUUCUAAUGAAAGUGAUUAGAGAAAUAGGUCAGAUACGUCACAUGCGCAGGCCUUUAUGUAGUUAUUGUGCAAGAAGGUCAUUUCGAGUUCAUCCACUGCAAAUAAGCGUAUAAGCGCCGGCCAUCGGUUGGUCAGUUUUCAUUAAGCUCUGGUCAGUGGGAGGCACUAGUGUUAAGAGACUUUUAUCGGGAUUUCUCCACUGUAGGACGAAACUAUCAAUAAGAACAGUUCGUUUUGACAUACACAGCUGAUUGCCGAAAUGGCAGACACGGCCUUAGACUUGUCUUCUAAGCCAGGGGUGGAUUUAGAACGAGCCUCUAAAUUUCUCAGCAGGACUUCCACCCACUCCAACUCCGGGGGGUCAGGACGGAACUCCCCUGCAUCCUCAGUGCACUCCGAUGGAAAUGAAAGUGACAGUUCGUUGAAGAACAGUGUAUUCGACAGAAGAGGCAGCAAUCCCCCGGUCAUCCCGCACGGUGAAAAUUCGAACAGUACCUCCAUUAAAAGUGAGGAAGAUGCUGGAGGUUCGGACAAAUUGGGCUCUCCGACUGUGUCGAGGCCUUUUAAAAUGUACCCCAUGGACCCUUUCUCAAUAUACAGUAUGGCAACUACUACGCCAUCUUCCCCUCUAUCCCCUACAGUAACUUCCCCCGCUGCGUUGGGGGUUCCCCCCGCUGUGUACGAGAAUCCCGCAGGAUUUCCCGGUUUUCCGUUAGCACCGUUGACGUCUCAUUUACUGCAACGAAAAAGACGGUCCGAAUCUCGGCCGGAUCUAACGGACCCGAAAAAGACGAAACCUGUUCCAGAGGAAAAGAAAGAUGACGCUUACUGGGAAAGGAGAAGAAAAAAUAACGAGGCUGCUAAACGGUCGCGGGACGCCCGGCGCCAUAAAGAAGAAGAAAUAGCAAUGAGGGCAGCAUUUCUGGAACAAGAAAACCUCAAACUUCGUGCUCAGGUUGCUAUUCUGAAAAACGAAACAGCAAAGUUACAUUACAUGUUGUAUAACAGAUUAUGAGAUUGUGGAACAUUAAGAGCUCUCAUUAUUCAAACUUUGAAUGUGGCAUUGAAGGUGCAAAAGAAAGACGAAAGUGCUAAUUGUAUUUUAAUCGCUGGAUCGGAUUAACUUUGCAAGAGAAUGCAACACAAAGACACAUUUAGAUUUAAGUUACUGAGUUCAAUUUUUGUCCGCAAAACGUCCAUUUUAGUUUUAAAGUUUUUACCACAAAGAUACAUCUUUGCAGAUUAAUUAAAGCAAUACAUUUCACCAGUGCUUUAAAUAUUUCAGGUAGUAUUAUAUUUUUUUUUAUAGUCAUUUAAUAUUUUUUCUUGGUAACAAACUGAUCAAAUGCUGAUUUUAAAGCCUUCGUUUUUCUUUCUUUAAGUGAUCAAAUGCUGAACUUUUUGUCUUUUAUUUUCAAAUGAUUCAUGUAUGUGUGAAAUGAAUGCUAGUGUGAUUGGUUUAAUUUCAACUUUGCUUGUGUCCAGUGCUAUGAAAGAGUUAUAACGUGCAUUUUUUUCGUUUUUAAUUCAAGAGGAAUAUUUAUUAUUAUCAUGGUUUUUUUUUUAAUGUGCUAUUGUUAACAGAACUUCGGCUGGGAUAAAAUCUCGGACAAUCUCUUCUCUUUGUCUAAUUUACAGAAUAUUACAGUCUAUAUAUUUAUACUUUACAUCAGAGCAUCUUCAGUGUGAAAAAAAACUUGUUGUUAACAUGGUCACGUGACAACAGAUACUCAUACACUCAUUUCAGGAAUUUUAUUUUACAUGUAUUUUGUCACUAAUUGAACAUAAUUCUGUUUUUUAUUUUGUAUGAAAAUAGAUGAUAAUUUUAUUUCUAAACCCGGUUAAUUCAUCUUUUUUUUCGAAGUUCAACUCAUUUUUCUCCAUUAUAAACAUUGGAAAUAAGAAUCAAAUCACAACAAUAAUGAU